GCCUCCUUGCAAGACGGAGCAUGAAGCGGCGGAGCGAGCGGGGAGGAGAGGCGGCUGCGCGGCCGGACGGCUCCCAGGGCAAAGGCCUCGGCGGCGCCGCCGCCGGGGCGCUCCAGCCGGCAGCCGGGGGACUCCUGGCCUACCUUCAGAAAUUUAAGAUCAAGAGGCUCCUGCUGGACUUGUUUAUUUUGUACGCUUCUGUCCCCUUCGUCAUUCGGCUCUUUCCUUCGCUCCUCCGGAAGUUUGUCUAUCUCAAUUUUUUGUCUUACCCCUUUGGAGUGGACUUCCAGAAGCCCGAAGUGUACCUCAAUCACACAGUCAACUUCUAUCUUACUCCCGAGCCAGGGGUCACCUAUGGCGUUUGGCAUUCCCUGCCCGACAGCAGGCGGAAGGAGGCGGAAGGCAAGGACCCCAGCUGGCACGAAGAAGCCCUGGCCGACGAUAAUCCCGUCAUCCUCUAUCUCCACGGCAACGGGGGGAACAGGGCGAUGAGCCACAGAGUGCGUAUGGCAAAGGUGAUGAGUGAUGCCGACUUUCAUGUGCUGGCCAUCGACUACAGAGGCUAUGGAGACUCCACCGGGGACCCUAGUGAGACGGGCUUCACGACAGACGUCCUGUUCCUCUAUCACUGGGUGAAGGCCCGGAGCGGAAACAGCACGGUCAUCGUCUGGGGGCACUCCCUCGGCACCGGAAUUGCUACAAACGUUGCCAGGGCGCUGAAAGAGAAAGAAGGGGUCACAGUGGAUGCAGUAAUCCUAGAGGCACCUUUCACCAACAUCCGUGAGGCAGCGGCCACGAUCCCCGUGACAAAAAUCUACCGCAAGUUUCCUGGCUUCGAGUAUUUAAUCUUGGACACGAUGGCGCGCGCCGACAUGUACUUCUACAGCGACAGAAAUGUCCAAGUGCUGUCCAGCCCGAUCUUAAUGUUGCAUUCAGAAGACGACGGCAUCAUACCCAUCACCCACAGCAGAAAGCUUUUCGAGAUCGCCCGCAACACCUCACAGAAGAAAGAUGCCAUCCGCUUCCUUUCCUUCCCUGCCAGCGAGGGCUACGGACACGAUCAUCUUUCCUCCAACCCCGAGCUCCCAGACAUCGUGAAGGCACGGACCAAGAACAGACAUGAAACAGAGGACGAUCGCUCACCCCCUUGGGACUUACAGUUCCUGAGUUUCCGAUCUCCCCUGCACACGGGGAGAGUCAGAUGGGUGUAUGGGUAAAGGAGAUGCUGUCCUGCGUAGAGGC